AGCACCCUCGUGAUGUCAUUGUGGACAUCCCAUAAUAUUACUGAGCAUAACAUAUAAGCCGUAAACUGGUACAGAAAUAGUAUUGCUGUCAAGGUAACGCCGUCAAGUGUAUUAAAUCGACCUCUUCAGUUGUGAAAGACUGUAAAGUCCAAAAGGGAAGUUCCGCGUUUUUCUCGUGGUUUGAAUUGAAGGCAUGGAAGAUGAGCCACCCUCCAGAAAGGUGGAGGAGAGUGGUUCAUCUAAGCAGUCACAGAGGCAGCAGGAGCGGCAGGGGAAACUUCCAAGGAGACACAAAGAGGUGAAGAGGUCUCUUCGGAGGCCGGACUGUCCAGAACACCUGUUGGGGGGAAGCGUACAUCGGUUGCCUGAGCAGCCCGAAUCAGAAGCCUCUGUAUCAGUGGAGGACACUGCUGAGAGUUGCCGAAAAAGAUGGGAUAGAUGCAGACGAGGGCACUUUCUACAUGGACCAUAUCCUGCUACUCAUUUUGGACCCAAAGCUUGUGUUCUUCCCAACCCAACCUCAGUCAUGCACAUUCAGGAUCCAGCCAGCCAGCGGCUUACCUGGAGCAAACCACCGCUCAACGUCCUGGUCAUCAGAAAGAUCCGAGACGAGACCCUUCUGGAGCCGUUCAAAGAGCUUUGCAGGUUCCUUGUGGAGGAGAAACAUCUGAUGGUUUAUGUGGAGAAGAAAGUUGUGGACGAUGGCUCUCUCAUGACGGAUGACUCAUUUUCAGCCAUUCGCAAUCAGCUGUGCACAUUCAGGGAAGGGUAUGACGACAUCUCAGACCGCAUCGAUCUGAUUAUUUGUUUGGGUGGAGAUGGGACUCUUCUGUAUGCAUCAUCUCUUUUCCAGGUAUUCUCUCAUCUCAUCUCAUUUGUUUGUGCCCAAGAGUCUCCUACUAGCGUUCCCCCGGUCAUGGCCUUCCAUCUGGGCUCCUUAGGAUUUCUCACACCAUUCAAGUUUGAGUCUUUUAAAACAGAGGUGGAUAAAGUGUUUGAAGGUAAUGCUGCCAUCAUCCUGCGCAGUCGUCUGAAGGUUAAGGUGGUGAAAGGCAUGUUCCAGAGGAACGAGCAGCUCUUCAGCCCUCAGGAGAAUGGAAUAGCGCCUCAUAACCACAUAAAUAAUGAGGCAGGCAAAAUCACGCUACAGUUACAGGUGCUAAAUGAGGUGGUGGUGGACAGAGGGCCUUCAUCCUACCUGUCUAACGUUGAUCUUUACCUGGAUGGACGCCUCAUCACAUCUGUACUGGGAGACGGUGUAAUAGUUUCCACCCCCACAGGCAGCACGGCCUAUGCUGCCGCAGCGGGAGCCUCCAUGAUCCAUCCCAACGUCCCUGCCAUCAUGGUCACCCCCAUCUGCCCUCACUCCCUCUCUUUUAGACCCAUCGUGGUGCCCGCAGGUGUGGAGCUCAUGAUAACUCUGUCACCUGAUGCUCGCAACACAGCCUGGGUCUCGUUUGAUGGCAGAAAGAGGGAGGAAAUCCAGCAUGGGGACAGCAUUAAGAUCACAACCUCUUGCUUUCCGGUCCCUUCUAUCUGUUGUCAUGAUCUGGUGUACGACUGGUUUGACAGUCUGGCUCAGUGUCUCCACUGGAACAUCCGCAAGAAGCAAACACGUCUAACAGAUGCCAGCGACUCUUCAGAAACGGAGAACUGAAACAUCACCACAACACUCACACAAGCUUAACUGUCUGUUAACUUUACAUUCCAAAACCUUUCAGAUUUCCAUCCUGACUCACUGAAAAGGUUAGUUCAAAAUUUAUAUUUUUACAUUACAUUGCACAUUUCUGUUCAAAGGUUUACAGGUUUCAUUAUAGACUGCAGUAAGUGCUUAUGUGCUACUUGAGAAAUAACACAUUUAGUGUUAGAGGUUAGCAGCAACAAAAAGUUUGGUUAACCUAAAAUGUCAUUGUGACUGCUAAACAUCAUGAUGCAGACAGGAUUUCUUAGAGGAGUGUUUUUGCAGCUGACCACUUCACAAUAUGCUAAAUAACUGAUUUGAUUUAUUAUAGAAUAUUUUGUUUUUUUUUAAACCACCAUUUAUUAAGAUUUAUUAUUAACGAAACCAUUAACAUUUAAAUUUGUACUGUAUUUUAUGUAGAUUAAUCCACUUCUAAAUAGUUUAGGAAACAGAAAUUACAAAUCCUCCACCACGUUUAAACUUGAAAUGCACAUUAUAGCUGGAAAUGUAAUUCAUUCACUGGGCAUAAAACUUUAAUUUUGAUGUUUUUUUUUAUUAUUAUUUUUUACAAUGUGUAGCUUUUGGCUAAAUUUACCACAAACUUUCCUCAUCUACAAACAGACAAAGCUUGACUUUCUAUGUGGUUUGUCAUGACGGUAGUUCCUCAUUUGUAAUAAACUGUAUUGGAAGCCAGUUUAUUGGCAGUCACUUUUGUGUGCUCUACUAGACACCAUUGUACAUUCAACUACUAAGAUUGAAUGUGGUUUAUUAAACUUUUUUUCUGUAGCUCGCUCAAGCUGUUGUUUAAUUUUCAUUCAAACUGACUAACCUGUGCAGAGCCUUUCUGAACAUGAAUCAAAUAACUAAUGCUUUUGUCUAGUUGGACGCCUGUCAAACCCAACUAGUUCUUGUGAAAGAACAUUGUAGCCUCCCUGUGGUGGCACAGGAUUUAGCAUUUUCAAAACCACAUUUCUAAAGCCAUUGUCCUUUUAGUUUAAUAUUUAAUAGACUCUAAGCUGUGAUCUAUUCAUUUACAGAUGCACUGUAUGAUUUGCUUUUCUCAUGAAGUUAUUACUGGCACUGCAAGGUCAUAUGUCCUUGCAUAAGAACUAGUAUAGCUGAACGUAUGUAAGCUGUUUAGUUUGAUGUAAAUAAGAUCCUAUGAUGUGUUUGUCUCAUUUGUAAUAUCUCAAAAAAAAUUUUUAUCUUGGAUGUUAUCUUUUGUUUUUGUCAUUUGAAAUGUAUCUUUAUGUAGUUUAAGGCUUUAUAUCCUGUUAUAUUUAAGGCGACAAUCUGUAAUGUUUGUAGUACAAUGGAAUAUAAAUUAUAUUAUAUAAAAAAAAAACUAA